CAUUUCUUGUUGAACAUCACACUACCCUCGCUACAAGUAUUAAACAAUAGACCCGUACACCAGCACCAGCAAGCUUGAGCUUCAAUACAAGUUGACCAACUUCCAACAUGGAUGGCUCCCUCUCCCACAAUGAUCACGAAGCUCAUACGUCAUCAGAUUCCGGUAGAAGACGCGGUGGUUGGAACACCUUCCCCUUCAUCACUGGCGCUUUAGCAGGGUUGACACUUGCAGCUGGGGGAUGGCUGUCAAAUUUGAUUGUGUAUCUGAUUCAAGAAUUCAAUGUUAAGAGCAUUGAUGCUGCUCAGAUUUCAAACAUCGUUGCCGGUUCAAGUAGUUUUUUCCCAGUCAUCGGAGCAAUCAUAGCUGACUCUUUCUUAGGCCCGUUCUCGGUUAUCUCCAUUUCUUCCUGCAUUUCCUUGCUGGGCAUAGUUCUUUUAGCGUUAACCGCCACGUUUAAUUCGUUGAAGCCUCAAACUUGUGUGAACGACGGAUCAGAGCUAUGCAAACCCACCUCAACAAUACAGUAUGCAAUCUUGUACACAUCCAUAGCUCUAGCAACUAUUGGCUUGGGAGGCACACGCUAUACCAUGGCAACGAUGGGCGCAAAUCAAUUCAAAAACCCUAAAACCCAAGCAAGUUUCUUCAACUGGUACUUCUUCAUUCUCUACGCUGCUUCUGUUGUAAGCAUUACAGUGAUUGUCUACGUUGAGGACAACGUGAGUUGGAAAUUAGGGUUUGGCCUCUGUGUCAUUGCCAACAUACUUGGAUUGGUCAUUUUCUUAUGCGGGACCCGUUUCUAUCGUUUCGACAAGCCACAAGGGAGUCCGUUUGUGGAUUUGGCUCGUGUUGUCGUUGCUUCAACUUGGAAGAGGAAUCUUCAGCACUCUUCUGAUGAAAGCAAGGAUUAUUACUAUGGGCACGGUGGAGUGACAGACAUGGUGGAUGCAACACCUAGCAAAAGCUUCGGGUUCCUCAACCGUGCAGCACAGAAAACUGAAGGAGACAUUAAAUCAGACGGCUCAAUUGCAAAACCAUGGAGACUAUGCACAGUGCAACAAGUAGAGGAUUUCAAGACCCUUAUGAGAAUUUUGCCAUUAUGGUCAUCAAGCAUAUUCUUAGGUACCCCAAUAGCGGUCCACUCGAGCUUGACCAUCUUGCAGGCUCUUACCAUGGACCGUCACAUAGGACCUCACUUUAAAAUACCAGCUGGUUCUAUUUUAGUCAUUGUCCUAAUCUCCACUGCCAUCUCUCUCACCCUUAUUGAUAGGUUCUUAUGUCCGGUGUGGCAGAAGAUGACCGGUAGGUUUCCGACGUCUCUCCAGCGUAUAGGAUUAGGCCACGUGUUAAACGUACUCAGCAUGGCUGUUUCGGCAUUGGUGGAGUCAAAAAGGCUCACGGCAGUUAAAUCCUACCACCUCCAAGACCAACCUGGGGCUAUUGUCCCCAUGUUAGCCUUGUGGCUUUUCCCACAGUUGGUUUUGGUAGGCAUUGGAGAAGCAUUUCAUUUUCCAGGACAAGUAUCAUUGUACUAUCAAGAAUUUCCAGUGUCACUCCGAAGCACAUCUACCGCGAUGAUCGCUUUGAUCGUCGGGAUAUCGUUUUAUUUGGGAACAGGUGUGAUUGAUUUAGUUCGAAAGGUGACAAGAUGGUUGCCGGACAAUAUAAACAAUGGGAAGCUGGAUAAUGUGUAUUGGAUGUUAGUUGUGGUGGGGGUGCUAAAUUUUGGUUACUAUUUAGUGUGUGCUAAGUUGUACAAGUAUCAAAAUGUAAAGGGAGCAAACGAAAAUCCUGGCCCUGAAGGUGAUAAGUGAUGUUGUUAUUGGGAUAAUAAAAUUAAAAGCCAUAUCUGGGUUACUAAUUAGUAAUUUCCAAGUCCCCA